GUGCUGUGGGACGAGCGGCGUGGGCUUCAGUUCCCAGCGCCCGGACGUUGGAGGGGGGUGUCACAUCCGGCGGGAGGGGGCGGGCCUCGCGGACCUCGGAAGUGUGGGCUCCGGCUGCCGUGUAAGCCGCUGCGGCGGCGGCGGCGGCGGCGGCGGCGGCAGUGGCGGCGGUGGCGGCGCCGGCGGCAGGGGUAGGGCAAGAUGGAGACGCUGAAAGACAAGACCCUGGAGGAGCUGGAGGAGAUGCAGAACGACCCGCAGGCCAUCGACCGGCUGGCCCAGGACUCCCCUGAGGUCCAGGACCUGCAGCUGGAGCGGGAGAUGGCGCUGGCCACCAACCGGAGCCUGGCCGAGCAGAAUCUGGAGUUCCAGGGUCCCCUGGAGAUCAGCCGCUCAAACCUCUCGGACAAGUACCAGGAGCUCCGGAAGCUGGUGGAGCGGUGCCAGGAGCAGAAGGCGAAGCUAGAGAAAUUCUCUUCAGCACUGCAGCUAGGGGCCUUGUUGGACCUUCUGCAAAUCGAAAGCUUGAAGAUCGAAGAAGAGUCCGAGGCCAUGGCUGAGAAGUUCCUGGAGGGCGAGGUGCCCUUGGACAUGUUUCUGGAGAACUUCUCCUCCAUGAGGAUGCUGUCUCAUCUGCGCCGGGUUCGCGUGGAGAAGCUCCAGGAUGUGAUGAGGAAGCCCAGGGCCUCCCUGGAACCCGCUGGGGACGCCCCUCCUCCCCGCCGGCCCCCCCCACCACGCCCGGACCCCGAGGCAGCUCCCCCUGUGACCGAAGAUCAGCCACCGCAGCCCUCGCAGCCGCCGCAGCCCUCGGGGAUCCCUCCCUACCCUCUGCCCUACAGCCCCUCUCCAGGCUUGCCUGUGGGCCCCAGUGCCCAAGGGGCGCUCCAGCCAGCCCCCUUCCCAGUGGUGUCCCAGCCCUCCUUUUCCUACAGUGGGCCUUUGGGUCCCCCAUACCUGUCAGCCCACCCGGGACCCAGGGCUGCUGCAGGCUACUCCUGGUCCCCACAGAGGAGCACUCCGCCCCGGCUGGGCUAUCCCGUGGCCCCCACUGGUGCCUCUGGCCCUGGGUACCCCGUGGCGGGGGGCCGGACCCCCAGUCCUGGUUAUCCUCAACAGCCCCCCUACCUCUCAACAGGAGGAAAACCUCCGUACCCAACGCAGCCCCAGCCCCCAGGCUUCCCAGGCCAGCCCCCGCCCUCAGGCCCCCUUCAGCCUCCCUAUCCCCCAGGACCGCCCCCUCCCUAUGGGUUUCCACCACCUCAGGGUCCUCCCUGGCCUGGGUAUUAGGCACGGACCUGGCCCUUUGCCCUUCCCUACUUCCACCUGUACCAUGACCUUUGGCCCACCCCCUGCUGAGAUUCGAGGUUAAUAUUGGAAGUGGAGUUGGCUCCCCAUGGACUUGUGUCACACGUGGGGGCCUGGGGGGACCUGGCUGGGAGCUCACAGCCCUGGAAAGGCACCAGGCAGUGUGACCGGCUUGGCCCCACCAGAUGGUCCCAGCGCUUACUGGCCUCCUGGGGGAAGGAAGCGCCUGGUUUUGGUGACUGGCUUUGGCUUUCCUGGUGCUCGCCAGGUGGGGUGCGUGCAUCUGUGGACAUCUCUUUGUGGCUGUACUCACCCGUGGACUUCUGAACCAAAUGUGGAAUUCUCUCGGCCAGGUCUCCGGCCCCUCCCUCCACACGAAGGGAUGCAGCUCUCUGUGUCUCUCAGGUCCAUUCAAGGAUGGCCUGCCCCACAUGCCACAGCAGGGUUAGAUCAGGGGAAGAAGAAAGAGUUAGGAAAAACACUUAAUGAUUUUUAAGUCACAUAAAGCCAUAACUGCACUCUGAUAGGCUGAUGUCAGGUAAGCUUGUCCUGUGUGCUGGUCUGAACAACAGCAGCAGGGCCAGCGCAGUGAGCAGGCCGGGGACUGUGGAGGCAGACCCCAGACCUUGCUCGCCCUGGUUAGAGGAUUGGGGGCUGCCUUGCACCCUCUGGCUGGUGUAGAGGGGGCAGCUCUGGCCCAGGAGACUGUGGUCAUAUUGGGGGCUCAUUUAGGAGCAGAGGGCCAGGUCGCUUCCCCAGCCACCUCUGUUGCCUGGAGCCCCCGCUCCAGGGUGACUUCUGAGGCCCACCCCAUCUGUCCACUCCUUUAGUGCCUUGAAUCUCAUUCACAGCAGCCCUCCCUUCAUCCCCUUCCUUUGGCUCUCUGAUGCAACCCUUCCCAACCCUCCAAAACCCCUCCUAAGACAAACAUCAAAAGAUACCCUAACAGUUACUUCCCACAUGGUGCUUUGUAAAACACCAUCACUAUGUCAGAGUCGUUCCUUUGCAUCUCUGCUGUAUUCGGAAUGCAAAGGGCAGGAAUUGUGACUCUGAGCCACAUGCAGCCCCCAGCACACUGGGGGUUUUCAGCACGUUC